UUGGAUGGUCCCCCUGUUCUGUUCCAUGUCCACGUCCGAUUCUUCUUCUUCUUCCUCCCAUCCACACAUUGACAUUCUCUCCCGCCUCGGCCCCAAAGACAGAGCUCGUAUUAGACACAACAUCCAAACCCACGUCCUUCAAGACACCAUGACCACCGAGCAGACGUACGUCACAAUACCCCUCCCCAUCUGGCUUCCUCUCGACGACGAAUAGCCAGAAUGAGGGACAUCGGAACGACAAUUGAAGAACUGACAUUGUAUACCAGCUUCAUUGCCAUCAAGCCCGAUGGCGUCCAGCGCGGCCUCAUCGGCCCCAUAAUCUCCCGCUUCGAGAACCGUGGCUUCAAGCUCGCCGCCAUCAAGCUCGUCACCCCUACCAAGGAGCAUCUCGAGCAGCACUACGCCGACCUGGCCGGCAAGCCCUUCUUCCCGGGCCUCAUUGCCUAUAUGGGAUCCGGCCCCGUCUGCGCCAUGGUCUGGGAGGGCCGCGAUGCCGUCAAGACGGGCCGUGCCAUCCUCGGUGCCACCAACCCCAAGGACUCCCUUCCCGGCACCAUCCGUGGUGACUACGCUAUCGAUGUCGGCCGCAACGUCUGCCACGGCUCCGACAGCGUCGAGAACGCAAAGAAGGAGAUUGCUCUGUGGUUCAAGGAGGGCGAGAUCCAGAGCUGGAAGCAGGCCCAGUUCGACUGGAUCUACGAGAAGGCAUAAAUCUUUCUGGCUUCCAAUGUCCAGGCUGAUUUGAUGCGUCUCGAACAAAAGUCUAUGAGCGUGAUGUCAAAUAAGCAAUGAAAUGAGCAUGAUCGAAAUAUGACCAUUGAUGGCUUUUGAAUGUUUC